UCCUACGCAUGGAGCUUUCUUUUUUGGGGCGAUUCCGCGCGCGCGAUUCCGCGACUCGCACGUGAUGCUGCCGUCGCUCAUCGUGUUUGACUUGGACGCCUGUAUGUGGUCCCCGGAGAUGUACGAGCUGAGCUCCGCCCCUGACGCCUACUGCAGCAAGCGAGGUGGCGUCGUGGCAGGCAGAGAUACUGUGAAGCUCUUCCCCGGCGCCUCAGCGGUGCUGCAGCGCCUCGCCGACGGAGCCGACGGCAAGCGCUUCGAGCGGGUGAAGCUUGCGGUGGCGUCCUCCACCACGGAGCCUGGCUUCGCGCAAAAGUGCCUGGAGGAGUUCCCCCUCAACGGGCGCAAGCUGGGCGACCUGCUGCACUUCCGUCAGAUCUACCCGGGCAGUAAAGGCGGACAGCACUUUCCAAAGCUGAAAGAGGAGUCCGGCAUCCCCUACGAGGAGAUGAUCUUCUUUGACGACUGCACCUAUAGCGACAACUGCGCGGACGUGGCCCACCGCUGCCCUGGCGUCACCUGCGUCCGCACGCCCCACGGCUUGACGGAGGAGGACUUCGAUCUGGCAUUGGCUGCCUUUGCCGCCGGCAAGCGAGGGCUCCUGAAAUGACGGUGGCAUUGACGGGCCUAUCUUCUGCCCCUUUGAUCAAUUCUGAUUCGAAGCCAACUCGCAAGGGAGCCGAGUUUUGUUGGGCCAAUCUGG